AUGUACAAACAUGUCAUGUCAAUCACAUCUCUGAUGUCAGUUGGACUCCUUCUAGUACUGGCAUCCAGGAUUGCUUCAGUACAAGCCUUUGUUCCCGCAUCAUCCAUGAAUAGCGUCAAUCCCACUGUUUUUACGACUGUGGCACAUUCAACUUCCGAUGUCUCUCUUCGCAUGGCAAACCUAUUUGGUGGGCUUUUUGGAAACGGUGGCGGAAGUAAUAAUGGAGCCGCGUCCAGCAAUGGGGUCGAGACUCUGUUUACCCUACCAACUACAAAGCUAAAGAAAGGACCUCUACAGUUCUUCUUGAAGAUAUAUUUGGUGGCCGCACAGAACGAACCUACUCCUGGAAGUUGGGCGAUUGGAGGAGACGAGAGCAACCUGGAUUCCAUCAAUGCGUACUACAAGGAUGGCACAGGAAUGGUGUCUGUAGUCUUAAAUGACAACAGUAUUGAAAUUCAACGUCACGGAAAGAGCCCUUCUUUGCAAAUGGUCCUCCAAGAAAGUCUUUUAUUGCACGGACUUCUGGACGAGCUCCAGAGCUUGGCCGAAAACGAGGAGGUUGAAGCAGAAAAGCGGCUCGUGCAAUGGGUCAAUGGAAAGAAAACCGUGGACGAUGCUCGCAGCACACUUCCUGCUCGUCAAGACUGA